GCUACUUCCGGCUAGCCAGGUUUUCAAAAUGUUUAUCAAAGCCUUUGUUUACCAUAUAACGGAAGAACUGGGCAAGAAAGAUGAACCUUUUAAAAUAGAUGAAACAAGAUGGGUGAUCCCUGUUUCAGCAGAUUUGACGGAAACAAGUGAAACGAUCCUGAGGUCAUGUGCACAGCAGGUUGUGUUGCUAAUGUAACAGUAAUCAAGACAGCUACUCUUGGAAUCAUAGAAAAGUUUCGCAGAAUAGGCAAUGAUUGCGGUGGCACAGCACUAGAUAACAGAUUUUUAGAUCUUUUAGAUACUAUAUUUGGUAAAUCAGUGAUGCAAUCAUUAAACAGAGAGGCUCCCGAUGCUCAUCACGCUAUUAUUAGGGAAUGUGAACAAAUAAAAAGAAAUGUUGAAGGAAGUCAAGACAAAAUAGAAAUGAGAGUUCCAUAUGCAUGUCUAAAUAAUAUCUGCUUAAAGAUCCGUGAUGAGAGUUUAUUCAAUGUAAUUUCAACUUCUAAAUAUAGCAAUGACAUCAUUCUGAAGGGUGAUUUUCUGCGAAUUGAGGCCGAUAUAGUGCAUACGUUAUUCAAGACAACUAUUAACAAGAUUAUAACGCUGAUGGAAGACGUUUUCACAGAAUAUAGAGAUUCACAUAAAGUGACAGCCAUCGUCAUGAUCGGUGGUUUUUCUGAAUGUAUGUUAGUUCAAGAAGCUGUUCGACAAAAGUUCUUUCACAAAAGCGUUAUUGUUUCGAACGAUGCUUAUAUAUCAAUGGUGAAAGGAGCUGUUGAGUGUGGAAGUCGGUCUUGUCAGUAAACAGGAAUCCAAUCAUAUUAAGUUUGAUUCUUGUUCAUAAAAUUGAAGCACAAAUAUAUAAACUCAAUUAGCUAUAUAAAAAUAGCAGCAAAACAGCAAAGUUAUAGGUAUUGAAUUAGAUAGAACUUACCAUACUGGACAAUCGAAACACACAUUCUAGAAAAUAAUUUUUUAAUAUCACUCAAAUGCAUAUUUGGAAGUACGAAACAUAUAUAUAUAUUGUAUAGCAAUAUAAAAUUUCCCACAGAAAGUAACCAAAAGUUAGCGUGCAAUAAAAUUUCAAUAAAUAUUCAAAAUUCAUGACGUCAUCAACGUCAAUUUCUUAGUUUAAACCA